CGCUGCUUUUCAACUAUUUGUGAGAUAAUGUCGGUAAAAUUGGGCACGGUUUUACUUUGUUUGAGCUGUGUCUCGCAUUUUGAAGCAAAAUUAACGAUGACACCAAGAGAAAUUGAAAAUAGUCUCGAGGAUAACUCGGACGAAUCGAAAGGUUCUCAAAGGAUUAAUUUAUCAGUACCAGGCACGAAAUGGUGUGGCCCCGGAAAUACGGCCGCAUCGUAUGAUGACUUGGGGCGUCACAAAGAGGUGGACAUGUGCUGUCGUGAUCAUGAUCAUUGCGAUAAUAUUGCAGCUGGUGAAACAAAAUACAAUUUAACCAAUCGUGAUUACUUCACCGUGCUUGAUUGUGAUUGUGAUCAUCAGUUUCAUCAGUGUUUGAAAAAAAUCAAUUCAAAAGAAUCAAAUCGCAUCGGUCGCAUGUAUUUCACACUCCGUAAUCAUUGUUAUCACGAUGAUAAACCGAUUGUACGCUGUGAUGGUUAUGAUACCGAAGUGUUUUUGCAUCGUUGCAUCCACUAUGUGUUCGAUGAUUCGCAACCGAAACGCUAUCAAUGGUUUGACUUACCUCUUUACUACGAUAAAAACGAACGUGAUUCCGUCGACGAUGAAAUGUAUGACUUUUAAAAACAAAUUUUCAAAUGCUGUAAUAAAA